AUGGUAUAUCGGGUACGACUUGCAUUGAUUUGUUCCGGAAAGGAAUUGAUGUUGUUAGCUAUCAUUGUUAGUUUAUAUAAUCUAGUUCUUGCCAACUCCUGCUCGUCAAGAUCUCUAAGUUGCAUCAAAUCGGGAGAUUCGGUACACGUGGCUGCAGAUAUGACUGAAAUGCUAUUACGCGCAGUAAUUAUGGAUAAGGAGACCAAAAAUGAUGAUUGGUUCAACAUCGGAAAUGUAAAGCUUGCUUAUUGUACUGCUAUUAUCAGCAGUAAUAGGGAAUUAGAUGGAUCGCUGCUUCGAAAUUACACAAACCCGUUGCCGGAUAUACUUUUUUACAAAACUAAUUUUCUGAAUGGUAGCCAAAAAAAAUGUUGUUGUCAUGCAGCCGAUGAUCUUAGAAACUGUACCAUUGGUGCUGAUGCUAGGUAUCACGACAUUUGUUUGAUAAGUUACGAUUUGAUCAGAUAUUUGGAAUUUUUCUGUUACUGGAAAUUUAGUCCGAAAUUGAGUGAAAUAUUAUCACUUGUAAAUAAUACUGAUUGUAAUGAUGGUAAUGGAAAAUAA